CCAAACCACCCAUCCCUCACCUCCUCAUCCUACACCCUUUGCCCCCCAAAGCCACAGCAGAUACCACCAAGAAGUAAACCCUGAGGAGAAAGGGCUGAGGGAAGGUGCCCCAUUGCCGCCAUGGGGGGCAAGAAACCCUCCCUCUUCUCCAACGGCUUUGCCCCCCUGCUGUUUCAAGAAAAUCGCCGAUAAACCCGGGGAGGACAUAGAAGACCUGAAGAAGGAAGUGUACAUCAAUGACCACAAGCUCUCGCUGGAAGAGAUAUCCGCGAAGUACAAGGUGGACUUGACGACGGGUCUCACCAAAGCCGAUGCGGAGGCCAUUUUGGCCCGGGACGGCCCCAACGCCCUGACGCCUCCCCCGACCACGCCAGAGUGGGUGAAAUUCUGCCGCCAGCUCUUUGGGGGCUUCUCUAUCCUGCUGUGGAUCGGGGCAAUCCUCUGCUUCUUGGCCUACACCAUCGAGGAGCUACUUGGGGAAGAGGCCCUCAAAGACAAUCUCUACCUGGGCAUCGUGUUGUCCGGGGUGGUGGUGGUGACGGGCUGCUUCUCCUACUACCAGGAAGCCAAAAGCUCCAAGAUCAUGGAGUCCUUCAAGCACAUGGUCCCGCAACAAGCCCUGGUCAUCCGGGACGGCAAGAAGAUGCAGAUCAAUGUCGAGAAAGUGGUGGCAGGGGACUUGGUGGAGGUGAAAGGGGGGGACCGGAUCCCCGCCGAUUUACGGAUCAUCUCGGCCAGCGGCUGCAAGGUGGACAACUCCUCCCUCACCGGGGAGUCGGAGCCGCAGUCCCGCUCCGCGGAUUUCACCAACGAGAACCCGCUGGAGACGCGCAAUAUUUGCUUCUUCUCAACCAACUGCGUGGAAGGAACGGCCCGAGGUGUCGUCAUCUUAACGGGAGACCGUACGGUGAUGGGACGCAUUGCCUCCUUGGCAUCCGGCCUGGAGGAGGGUGCCACCCCCAUUGCCCGGGAGAUUGAGCACUUCAUCCACAUCAUCACUAGCGUUGCUGUCUUCCUCGGCGUGACCUUCUUCAUCUUGGCCCUUCUUCUCGGUUACCACUGGCUGGAAGCUAUCGUCUUCUUGAUCGGCAUAAUCGUGGCUAACGUCCCCGAAGGGCUCCUGGCCACCGUCACUGUCUGCCUGACCCUCACGGCCAAACGCAUGGCACGCAAGAACUGCCUGGUGAAGAACUUGGAGGCCGUGGAGACGCUGGGCUCCACCUCCACUAUCUGCUCCGACAAAACGGGCACCCUGACCCAGAACCGCAUGACUGUCGCCCACAUGUGGUUUGACAACCAGAUCCAUGCCGCUGACACCUCUGAAGAGCAAGCUGGGACAAUGGUGAUGGAGAAGCGCUCGCCCACUUGGGUAGCCCUCACUCGCAUCGCUGCGCUGUGUAACAGGGCAGACUUCAAAGCUGGGCAGGAGGACAUGCCCAUUACAAAGAGGGACACCACGGGGGAUGCUUCCGAGUCUGCACUCCUCAAAUGUGUCGAGUUAUCCUGUGGGUCCGUGGUAACCAUGCGAGAGAAGAACCCCAAAGUGGCAGAGAUUCCCUUCAACUCCACCAACAAGUACCAGCUCUCCAUCCACGAAGCCGAAGAUAAACCCAAAGGCCACAUCCUGGUGAUGAAAGGGGCACCGGAAAGGAUCCUCGAUCUCUGCUCCACCAUCUUGAUGCAAGGGAAGGAAGUCAACCUGGACAAGAAGAUGCAGGAAGCCUAUCAGAGAGCUUAUGAUGAGCUGGGAGGGCUAGGCGAGAGGGUGCUGGGCUUCUGCCACUUGUACCUCCCUGAGCGGCAAUUCCCCCGAAAUUUCAAGUUUGACACAGAGAAAGUCAACUUUCCCAUCAGUAAACUCUGCUUCGUGGGUCUAAUUUCCCUGAUCGACCCGCCUCGUGCUGCCGUGCCGGAUGCUGUCGGGAAAUGUCGGAGUGCCGGGAUCAAGGUGAUCAUGGUUACCGGGGACCACCCAAUCACUGCCAAAGCCAUUGCCAAGGGAGUGGGCAUCAUCUCCGAGGGGUCCGAGACAGUAGAGGAUAUCGCAUUGCGGCUUGGUAUCCCCGUCAGCGAGGUGGACCCAAGAGAAGCCAAGGCUUGCGUCAUUCAUGGUUCCGAACUCAAGGAGAUGAGCUCCGAGCAUCUGGACGAGAUCCUGAGGAACCACGCCGAGAUUGUCUUCGCCCGCACCUCCCCACAACAGAAACUCAUUAUCGUGGAAGGGUGCCAGCGUCAGGGAGCCAUAGUGGCUGUGACGGGCGAUGGGGUAAACGAUUCCCCCGCGCUCAAGAAGGCCGACAUUGGCAUCGCUAUGGGCAUCGCCGGCUCAGAUGUCUCCAAGCAAGCCGCCGACAUGAUCUUACUUGAUGACAACUUUGCCUCCAUCGUGACGGGCGUGGAGGAAGGACGGCUGAUCUUCGACAACCUCAAGAAGUCCAUUGCCUACACCUUGACUAGCAACAUCCCGGAGAUCUCUCCUUUCCUGCUCUUUAUCAUCUUCAGCAUCCCGCUGCCCUUGGGCACCAUCACCAUCCUGUGCAUCGACCUGGGGACGGACAUGGUGCCCGCCAUCUCCCUGGCCUAUGAGAAGGCGGAGAGCGAUAUCAUGAAGAGGAAGCCGCGCAACCCCAGGACGGACAAGCUGGUCAACGAGCGGCUCAUCGGCAUGGCCUACGGGCAGAUUGGCAUGAUGCAAGCCCUGGCUGGCUUCUUCACUUACUUCGUGAUCAUGGCUGAAAAUGGAUUCCUGCCCCUCUUCUUGCUGGGGAUCCGCCUGGAUUGGGACAACCGCUCCAAGAACGACCUGGAGGACAGCUACGGUCAGCAGUGGACCUACGAGCAGCGCAAGGUGAUCGAAUUCACCUGCCACACGGCCUUCUUCAUCAGCAUUGUGGUGGUCCAAUGGGCGGAUCUGAUCAUCUGCAAGACCCGGAAGCUUUCCCUCUACCACCAGGGCAUGAGGAACAGGAUUCUCAUCUUCGGCCUCAUCGAGGAGACAACCUUGGCCGCCUUCCUCUCAUACUGUCCCGGCAUGGAGGUUGCUCUGCGCAUGUAUCCGCUCCGGGUCCUGUGGUGGUUUUGCGCCUUCCCGUUCAGCCUGCUGAUUUUCAUCUACGACGAAAUCCGAAAGUUCAUCCUCCGUAAGCAUCCAGGCGGCUGGGUAGAGAAGGAGACUUACUACUGACCCAUCCACCCAAGCAUCCCACGUUUGCUAACUUUGCUGGGCAUCCUUGGCCAGUUUUGUUUUAAUUCCAAUGGAGUGUUCUCUUUGGGCCCCAAAAAUGUUGUCUA